GAUAUGCGACGUUGUUGCUCGCAGAGCACAACAACAAGACGCUCAACAAGGCCACGCUUCAUGCUGUCUCUGCAGCGGCCAAGUUGCCGGGCUGCACCUCAGUGGAUUUGCUGGUUGCAGGCAGAGGCUGUGGAGACGUUGCUAAAGCUGGAGCUGCCAUCCAGGGUGUCAGCAAGGUUUUGGUGGCAGAAUCUGACCAAUUGGAGCACCCUGUGGCAGACACCAUGGCAGAUUUGCUAGAGGCCCUGCAGAAGCAGAACGGCUACAAAGCAAUCGCCGGUGUUGCUAGCUCCCUGGCGAAGGAAACUUUGCCGCGUUUGGCAGCAUCUCUCGAUGUGCAGCCCAUUACAGACAUAGUUGAUGUCGGGCAGGAGGAUGGCGUAUUUUGCCGGCCGAUGUACGCUGGCAAUGCCAUCGCUACUGUCAAGACAAGCGAUUCAGUUCGACUUUUGACAUUCAGGCAAACAGCCUUCGAGGCAGCAGGAGAGGCGUCGAGUUCUGCACCUACAGAACCACUGAGCGUCUCAACCUAUGCGGGAGCAGGCAUGCAAUGGCUGAAGGACUCGGAAGCUACUAGUGACAAGCCGCAGCUCAGCAGUGCUAGCCGAGUUGUUGCUGGUGGACGCGGCCUGAAGAGUGGGGAGAACUUUGAGAAGGUGCUGGAACCUUUGUGCGACAAGCUAAAGGCUGCACUGGGCGCUUCACGGGCAGCGGUAGAUGCAGGCUUCGUUCCCAACGAGCUGCAGGUUGGCCAGACUGGAAAGGUCGUGGCACCCCAGCUGUACAUCGCGGUUGGCAUCAGCGGGGCGAUCCAGCACUUGGCAGGCAUGAAGGACUCCAAAACCAUCGUUGCAAUCAACAAGGAUGCAGACGCACCGAUUUUUCAGGUCGCGGACUAUGGCUUGGUGGCCGACCUUUUCGAGACUGUGCCAGAGUUGACCAAUAAGGAGGGCUACGAUCAGAAGACGCGGCCCAUGGUGGACUUGCUGUUUGUCGUGCCUGCGGAAGAGUUGGUGCAGUGGCACCAGUCGAAUCUGAAGGCACAUCCGGCACAUUACUCUGGCCUCACCAGGCUCUUGGGCAGCGGUCAAGUUAGCUGCUUGCAACGCUGGGGCCCUGGCGUUCUAUAUCUACCGGAGGUGCAGCUGAAAAGCACUGAAGGGGGGGUAGUCACAGCAAAAUAUGGGGUGAUUACCUUCGCCGACUUGCUGCAAGAUUUAGAAAACUGGAGAUCACUGUACAUAGCUGGGAGGAUGCAAAAGCCACACCUCCUCACCUGGCAUCGUGACGCCGCAGAUGCCCAACAAAGACUUGAUGUUGCUGUGGUGAAGAAUCGCCGUUCUGCCCUUGCAGCAGCUCUACUGAGCGCUUCAGAAGAGAGUCUGAGUGUGGCCUCGCUGCUAUCCUCAGUAGUUGGCCUUUCCUACGGUGGUGAUAUUCGCGUUGGCUUGGCGGAGAACCCAAACAAGGUGCGCAACAUUGUCAAUGCGCAGACAGAUCUGCUGUGGUCAAUCUACCGACCGCUUGCAGAAAAACUCGAGGUCGAUGUGUCCGAGGCGCCCUUCGAUGAAGGCUUGAGCGGUCUUGUGCGCUUCAAUGCAUCAGCUGCUGGACGGCAACGCCUGUUCUCCACGUUGCCGAUGGCAGUGCAGCGUCGAGCUUGCGCCCAGGCAGGUGCUGAAGAUCCCCAUGCCGCGCCCCUUCGUCGCAGUCUGCAGUCCAUCGUGCGACGAGCCUCCAUCCAGCAGGCAGUGAAAGGAGUACUAAGCUCUGGCCCAAGCAGAAGCUUGCGAUACGUCGUGCAGAAGGUAGCCAAGCGCUUGCGCUGA